UUGCCUUUCUUUCAUGUUGAUGGAGAACUUGUGCCCAGUUGAUGCAAGAAAUCUGGAAGUGGAAAUGGUCUUCAAAGUUUGACAUUUCGGAGAGCCGUAUGUCAGAAAGAGGAGGUGUAAUCCUGCUAGCACGCACAGUCAAAUGCCAUGGCUGUGUCCAGUGCCAAGUCAUUCCAUUGGCAGUCCCUGGCAUCGUUGCCUGUUGGCCGGGUGUACUGCACUCCUGUGGAGAGUGGGGACCAGCUCUAUGUCAUCGGAGGCUGCGAUGAAGACGGAAGCCCGGUCAGCAACUGUGAGGUUUACUACCCAGAGGCCAACCAAUGGACCAGCCUGCCGCCCAUGCCCACAGCAAGAGCGGGCGUAGCUGUAGCUGCCCUGGGCAAACAGAUAUUAGUGAUUGGGGGAGUGGGAGUUCAUCAGAACGCCCUGUCAACAGUGGAAAUGUACAAUGUGGAUGAAGGCAAGUGGGAGCAGAAGAGUUUCUUGUGUGAAGCUGCCAUGGGAGUGUCAGUGACUGUAAAAGACUGUCGGGUCUAUGCAGUGGGUGGAAUGGGAUCAGACAUGUAUCCACAAGCUAACCUCCAGCAAUAUGACAUAGUGAAGGACAUCUGGCUCUCACUUCCUGCCAUGCCUACCCCGAGAUAUGCAGCCAGCACCUUCCUACGAGGGAGCAAGAUCCAUGUAUUUGGUGGAAGACAAGCAAAGAAUCCGGUCAGCGCCUUCGAAGUCUAUGACAUUGAGGCAAAGUCAUGGAGCAGGUUCCCAAGUAUUCCCGGCCGGCGAGCUUUCUCGAGCUGUGUGAUGACGGAGAAGAACUUCUUUAGUCUUGGAGGCCUGCAGCAAGCUCAAGGCUACAAGAGACCUAAGUUUGUCAGGACUGUGGAGGUGUUUGACGUUGAGCAGGGGGGCUGGAUGAAAACAGGACGCCACCUAAACAUGAGGAAGAAGAGAGCUGAUUUUGCGUCUGCAUACCUCCAGGGCAGGGUGAUAGUGGCUGGAGGUCUAGGAGACCAGCCAGCAGUUCUGAGCUCAGCCGAGGCCCUGCACCCAACCAAGAACAGGUGGGAACGGCUGCCACCCAUGCCCACUGCCCGCUGCACCUGCGCCAGCAUCGUCUUUAAGAACCGCCUUUUGGUCAUUGGCGGAGUGUCUAAUGGACCCAGCGACGCUGUGGAAGCUCUCUACCUGAUAGACUCAUAGAUGCUCGAAGUGGCCACAUGUGAAGGAGAGCUCAUCUGGAGGCUUCUUACUUCAGGGUUUAAUUGUCAUUUGCUUCUGGCUGUUGAACCUGAAGGCUGGUGUAUUCUCCUCUCAAACCCAGUGAAGUGUUGGAAUUGAGGCAGGACUUAAAUCUCCACCCUGCUUCCAUGCAGUAUGUGGCAGACAAAUACCUCCAACUCUUUGUCACUUUCCUUCUGUGAGUUGGUUCAGACCAUUUCAAUGGGACCACGAAUCAUCCUGUCAAAUCCCCUUCUUUGUGGAACAUGAGGCUGUCACAGAACUUCUCAUCCUGUCCACUUCUUCCUCCUCAGCCACCUGGUUCCAGCAGGAAGUUUAUCCCAGAGCGCCUCCUUUCACUUCUGAGCCGCUGAUCAUCCUGGAGAUGGAGUAUGUAAUUGAGGGAUUUGUCUAAAGGAUUGAAUUACCACAGUACACAGGGAGAUGAAGGUUUGUUAGCCGGCUCAGUGAGGCAGUCAGUAAACAUUUUGUUGAUCUCUUCAUCUUGAUGCUACACCUUGACUGGGCACCUCAAUAGGUCUUAGCUUUGCCUCUAACAAACAGCUUAGCAAUCUUUUUAAAAAAAAAUUUUGCAUGAGGUGACUAAUUGAGACAGAGACCCCGAGCUCAGUUCAGAUGAAAGGUCCCUGGACAUUAGCUCAGCUUUCUCUCCACAGAUGCUGCCAGACCUGCUAAGUUUCUCCAGCACUUCCUGCUUCUGUAUCAGACUCCCAGCAUCAGCAGGUUUUUGCUUUUUCUCUUUUGGACCAUCCUUGACAUUGAAAAGGUGUUGGCUUCAUCAGUCAUUAACCAACAGGAAAAUCCUCCAGCAUGUUCAGAGACUUUGGAAAUAAACAUGUGGCGGAGUGAACUCCAAUUGGCAUCUUGCGGCUCUUGCUGCGAUUCAGGGUGUAAGGCAGUGAGGCUAUUAACCAACAAAGUCAGAGACUUGGAUGACCCAGCUAACAAAUAUUGUAGGAAGCUGUGAAGUGAGAGAUCUGGCAGAUUGGCCCCUCUUACUGCAAUAGCUUGGGUGUAAUUUUAGUGUGAAUCCAUAUUUAGAAUAGCUGCACUGGUCUCUCCAUUGUGACUGUGGAUUGAUGUGAUUGGCAGUAUUACCAUAUACCUCAGCCCUUCGACGUCAGAAUCACCGAUUCACCACAACACAACGGGAGGCCAUUCAGCCCACCAUAUCUCUGCUGGCUGCCUGAAGGAGCAAUUCACUAAGUGCCAAUUCCCUGCCUUUUCCCUGUAGCCCUGCACAUUCUUCCUUUUCUGAUAAUAAUCUAAUCCCCUCCUAAAUGCCUCAAUGAACAAGCUUCCACCACGCCCUCAAGUAGUAUGGUGCACAUUUUAUGGUUAGUGUCUAUCAGUCUGAAAAAUCAUUGGAAUGAAAGGUUUUCAGUAGGUGGACUCAGCUACUGAGCCUGAACAGGUACUGUAAGGAGGUUGUGUGGCAUCUGUGCUCUGGGUUCAAGUCCCAUCCCAGGACUCAAUGGUUAAGAAAGGCACAGCCAGAAGAUGCACGAGCAGAUAUAGUAUCAAUUUCUAAAGCCUUCCAGCAACAAGAAGUGGGAAAGCUUCUUUACCAGCCACAAUCCAUAGCUCCCAUCUGCCACAGGUAUAGAAUGCCAAAGUGGGCUGAAGGGCCUACUCCUAAUCCUGUUUUCAAUGCAUUCAAAAUUUUAUGUUGCCAUAGUGAUACAAACUCUGAAAGAUGGGUUUGGCUCGAUAUGUCUGUUGUCAACAGUCAGGGUUGAAUCCUUUUCCUAACUGGGACUGAAUUUGAGAACCAGCACCUCGUGAGGAAGCUAGUGGUUCUUUGGGUCAGACCUGCCUUUGAAAGGAGAAGGAUUCAUAAGCAUUUCCUUCGGCACUUGAAUAUUUUUUGCCUUGUCGAUCAGGAAUGUUGCUAGGGAUUCAAAAUGGCAGCAAUGAGGCCAGAUUGGAUAGGCUAGAACAAACAAAGUCGCUGGAAAAGCUCAGUAGGUCUGGCAGCAGCUGUUGAGGAGAAAACAGAGAUAACAUUUCGAUGAUCCAAUGACCCUUCCUCAGAACUGAUGGCGGCUGGGAAAACGUCAGUUUAUAUGCAGAAAAUAGGGAGGUGGGUGGGGUAGGGAGUAAACGAUAGGAUAGAGCCCAAAGAGAGAGAAAGACAGAUGGACAGACAAAGGAGUUGCUAACGAUCAGGCUGGGAGGGUGAGGAGUUGUUAAUGUUAGUGACUAACAACGGGGGGUGUGCAGUGGCAGGCGAUGUGGUAACCUUGGUGUGUGGGAUGGGGGCGCUGGGACAAGGGAGAGUUUAGGCCGUAAAAUUAUUGAACUCAGUAUUGAUUCCAGAGGGCUGUAAGAUCCCCAAGCGGAAAAUGAGGUGUUGUUCCUCCAGCUUGCGUUGGGCUUUGCUGGAACACUGUAGCAAGCCAGAGACACAGACAUUGGCCAGGGAGCAGGGUGGUGCAUUGCAGUUGCAGGCAACAGGUAGUUCAGGGUGUCUUGCGAGUAGAAUGUAGAUGUUCUGCCAAGCAGUCAUCCAGUCUAUACUUCAUUUCCCCAAUGCAAAGGAGACUACAUUAUGAGCAGUGAAUGCGCUGGACUAGAUUGUGGGAAGUGCAGGUGAAGUGUUGCUUCACCUAAAAGGUAUGGUUUGGUCCUUGGAUACUGGGGAGGGAGGAGGUAAAUGGGCAGGUGUUGCACCUUCAGCGGUUACAGGGGAAGGUGCGGUAGGGCUGUGGGGUGGUGUUGGGGAGGAAGGAAGUGUGGACCAAGGUAUCCCGAAGGGAACGGUCCCUGCUGAAGGUGGACAAGGGAGGGGAGGGAUGUGUCUGGUGGUGGCAUCUUGCUGGAGGUGGUGGAAAUGGUGCCUGAUGAUCUUCAGGAUGUCGAUGCUGGUUACAAUAUAAUAUGCUAGAUUAGUCCCAUGGUUGUUACGAUUCAAUAAGCAGCAGGGUAGAAGCUACAUGGACAAUACUUAGCCAUUUUGGGGGUCUGUUAGCUCAGUUGGCUGAAUGGCUGGUUUGUAGUAUCAAUGAUUGGAUUCAAUUCCCACACCAGCUGAGGAAACCCUAAAGGAUUCUCCUGCUGAAUGUCUCCUCCUCAAGUGCAGAAGGAAAUGUACAUGAAUUCUUCUUCUUUCAAAGGCAGGUCUGACCCAAAGUGGGUUAAAUUACCACCAGCCACCUGUCUCUAAUGGCAGAGCAGCUUACAGUCUGAUAAGAUCAUUGCAACUUGGCCUGUUUGUAAAUGUAGUCAUGUCUCCACAUAAGAUCCUGUCUUAUUGGUUCCCAAAUCCUUGCGUAUGCAGGGUAUGUUUAUGUUGAAAGAAGAAAACCCAUAAUACAUGACUGUCCCACCUCCCUGGGGAAGUUACUGACUUGUCCCUUACAGGUAAUGAUACGGUAGUGGAAGUCCACUUCAAGCAGAUGUCUAAAAACUGAAACUGCAUUGUAGCUGGAUUGCACUAACUGGCAAAGUGGAGGUUUCAAUAAAGAUUUAACUCUUUUUGGGAGUCCUAAAACCCCUACACUGUAAUUGAAUAUUAAACCACAGCCUUUCACCAUGCAUUAACUCAUCUGGUAUCAAUGGUGGGAAGUUCUAUAUUGUAAUCAUUCUCUGGAUUAAAAAAAGGUUUCUCC